UUUGUAAAUAAUUGUGAAAAAUGAGUUUAUCAAAUAGAAAUCGUUUGAGCAUUUUGGAUAAACCCCUAAGUCGAGGCAAGGGGGAAGUUUCAUUAAGUUGCUUUGCUUUGUUGUUUUCUGAAGUGGUACAAUAUUGUCAAAAUAAAUCACAAACAGUACCAGAAUUACAAAAUAGGCUUCAUGAAUUAGGACGAAAAGUUGGUGUUAAAUUAAUAGACCUGUAUUUUGUCCGAGAACGCAAUGGUAAACGAGAAAUUAAACUAUUGAAUAUACUCUUGUUUGUUAAGUCAACAUUGUGGAAGGCGUUGUUUGGAAGAGAAGCUGACAAACUGGAACAUUCUAAUGAUGAUGAAAAUACUUAUUAUCUGAUGGAAAAGGAUCCUUUAGUUAAUCGGUUCAUAUCUGUUCCAAAAGACAAAAGCAGCUUGAAUUGUGCCGUUUUCAUAGCAGGAAUAAUUGAAGCUGUUCUUACUGGCACAGGAUUUGCUGCCAAAGUUACUGCACAUUGGCACAAAGGAACUACAUACAUGGUGAAGUUUGAUGAUGCUGUAGUUGCAAGAGACAAACAAUUAGAAGAAAGAUAAUUUAUUAUUUGCAAAUAUUUCAUUACUCUAGGAAUAUCUAAAAUAUUUCUCUAUUUAUUAAUUUUGUAUAUAAUAAAAUAUAAAUAGAUCAUUGAAAACUA